CUGUGAUAAGGUUGUCAUUCAUUCAGUAGUACAUUAUCUUUUAGAAUAGGUAGAGUGAAGUGAAGCAAUCGAUGCUGUAGGUUUAGAACAGUAUUUUUGUGGACAAUUAUGGACAGUUAUAAAAUUGGAACAGAGAAACCUCUAAAGAAACAUCCGUUUAAUGAAGCAAACUUUAUAUCGAAAAUAUUUUUCCUAUGGAUAUUUCCACUAUUUAUAAAAGGUUUCAAGAAAGACCUCCUUGAAGAUGACCUUUUUCCGUCCUUAAAGGAGCACGAUUCAAAAAUUCUUGGGGAUAAACUGGACCGAGAAUGGCAUACAGAACUGAAAAAGAAACCGAAUAAUCCAUCGUUAUGGAAAGCUUUGGCAAAAGUUUUUGGAAAAGAACUCUCUAUUCUAGGCGUUUGCUAUUUGUGUAUCGAAAUAUUUGUAAGGCUGUCACAACCAUUGCUUCUCUCUCAAUUUCUUUUGUACUACGAUCCCAACUCUACCAUGACGAAAAAAGAAGCAUAUUAUUACGCCGCUGGUAUUUGUGUAACUUCGUUUCUAUCAUCUGCAUUUCAGCAUUCUUAUAUGUUACGUAUUUUCCAUUUAGGUGCAAAAAUACGGGUGGCGACUUCAACAUUAGUCUACAGGAAGGCCUUGAAACUCAGUAAAAGUGCACUGGCUGAUACAACCGUUGGGCAAAUGGUCAAUCUGAUAUCAAACGACGUUGGAAGAUUUGAAACUGUCACCACGCACAUACAUAACUUAUGGCUAGCACCCAUUGAAACUAUAGUUGUUUUGAUAUUGAUGUAUUUUUAUGUUGGCCUAACUGGAGUAGCUGGAGUUGUAUUCAUGUUGUUAUUUAUACCAAUUCAAAUGUGGAUGGGCAAGAAGACUUCUAAGUAUCGAUUGGCUACAGCCAUUAAAACUGAUGAAAGAAUUAGGUUGAUGAAUGAAAUCAUAUCUGGAAUUCAAGUCAUUAAAAUGUAUACCACUUGGGAAAUUCCCUUUGCCAAGCUUGUUGAAAUCAGUAGAAGGAAAGAGAUUCAACAAAUCAAGAAAAUAUCUGUAAUAAGAGCCAUCAUGAUGUCAUUUAAUAUGUUCCUAAACUCGACUGCCAUAUACAUAUGCGUUUUAGUGUAUUUCCUUACUGGGAACGUAUUAGACGCUCAGUACGUCUACGUAGUAUCCUCUUUUUACGGUAUCCUAAGAAGUACCGUUACCAUGUUCUUCCCUCAAGGCGUCACUCAAUUUGCCGAAGCGAAUAUAUCAGUAAAAAGAAUUAAACAAUUCUUGCUGUACGAUGAAGUCCACCUUGACUCAAGUUCAACAUUUCUAAAUGCUUUUCAAUCUAGUGAAAAGGUAAAAUCGAUUAGUACCCAAGAAAAUUUGAAAAGUACCAAACCAGUUGGUAUUCAUCUAAAUGAUGUUUCAGUAAAAUGGACUAAGUCACUUGAAGAUAAUUCUUUAGAUCAUCUAAAUGUUGAUGUGGAGUCUGGUCAGUUAGCUGCGGUGAUUGGCCCAGUUGGAAGCGGUAAAACAACUCUGUUGCACGCGAUUCUCGGUGAAUUAGAGGCAGUGUCCGGUAGUGUGGACGUGAGUGGUUCAAUUUCGUAUGCGUCUCAAGAACCGUGGUUAUUUGUGGGUAGUGUACGACAGAAUAUUACUUUCGGUCAACGCUAUGACCCUCGGCGAUAUUACGAAGUUGUUAAAGUGUGUGCCUUAGAAAGAGAUUUUACUCUAUUUCCGUAUGGUGAUCGUACUAUAGUGGGUGAACGUGGUGUGUCUCUUAGUGGCGGUCAAAGGGCUCGUAUCAAUCUCGCCCGAGCGGUUUACAAAGAGGCCGAUAUUUACCUGUUAGACGAUCCGUUAUCUGCCGUCGAUGCCCACGUGGGAAAACAGCUUUUUGAAGACUGCAUAACCGGUUACCUGAAAAACAAGUGUGUUGUUUUAGUUACCCAUCAGUUACAGUAUUUGAAAAGCGUCAAGAAGAUCUACCUUCUUGGAGGAAAAACCAUCGAACAUUCAGGCACUUAUGAAGACAUACAGAAUUCCGGCAGAACCUUUACGCAACUUCUUAGUGAUCUUGAAGAGAUCAUUGACGAAGAAGAAGAUGAUGAAGAAAACGAAACCAAAGAAAUUGAAGAAAUCAAGCCAGUCAGAAGACGAAGAGUGUCAACAAAGGAAGUCGUGCCAAAAAGUGAUAAGGAUCCCCAAAUCGAAAAGGAAUCUAGAGGAAGUGGUAAUAUUGGCUGGGAUGUAUACAAGUCGUAUUUUGUUUCUGGAGGUCAUUGGUGUAAAAUUUUAGUAUUGUUCCUAAUAUUUGCCAUGACGCAAGCUCUGGGAAGUUUAUGUGAUUAUUUUUUGACAUUCUGGGUAAAUAUGAACCAAAUCAAGAAAAUGGAAGAAAAUGAGGCGUAUCUUAAAAACCAAGAAAUAUCUAGAAUGGUCAAAUUAUUAGAACAUGGAACUUUCACCGUUGAUCCUAACACAUAUAACGAUUCGAGUUUCCUCUCCAAAAAUAACUCCAUUAUAAUUGAGCAUACACCUUUUCAAGAAUUCUGGCUUACACAUAUGACAGAUCAAGUUCUAACAAUAGCAUAUACAGUGAUGGUUUUCAUGGUGAUAUUAAUGACAAUAACCAGAUCAUUAGUUUUCUAUAGAUUUUGUAACAAAGCAUCAAUUAGGUUGCACAAUAAUAUGUUUUAUAAGAUAGUAUAUGCCACAAUGCGAUUUUUUAACACCAAUACUUCAGGAAGAAUCCUUAACAGAUUCUCUAAAGAUAUGAAUCAAGUAGAUGAAAUAUUGCCUCUUACUUUACUUGAUACUUUGCAGAUAUCGCUGACCGUUGUUGCUAUUACAACCGUAAUUACGACAGUAAAUCCUUGGAUGUUGUUACCAACAGUUAUAAUGUUGACAAUAUUCUAUUUUAUGAGAGUGGUAUUCUUAGCUACCAGUAGAGAUAUCAAACGACUAGAAGGAAUAACAAGAAGUCCAGUUUAUUCCCAUUUGACCGCAUCCCUUCAAGGCUUAACAACUAUUAGAGCAUUUGGAGCCCAAGAGAUACUAAAAGCUGAAUUUGACAGCUACCAAAAUUCCUACAGCUCGGCCUAUUUCAUGUUUUUGGGGGCAAAUCGUGGGUUUGGAUUCUGGCUUGACAUGCACUGUGUGGUUUUUAUCACUCUAGUCACACUUAGUUUUCUAUUUUUCGAUACAGAAACCUUUGGAGGUAGCGUGGGUCUAGCCAUCUCUCAAUCGCUGAACUUAACAGGAAUGUUCCAAUGGGGAAUGAGACAAUGGAGUGAACUUGAGAACACCAUGACCUGUGUAGAAAGAAUAAAGGAAUACGCUGACGUAGUACCAGAACGCGAUGAAGCAACACGAGAUCCUCCAAAAUCGUGGCCUGAGAAAGGAGACAUCACAUUCGAACACCUAAAUCUAAGAUACGUAGCCGGCGAUGCUUUGGUUCUGAAAGAUCUAACGUUUAGUAUCAGGAGUUCAGAGAAAGUUGGUAUUGUGGGGCGAACCGGCGCUGGAAAGUCGUCUAUUAUUAUGGCCCUGUUCAGAUUAGCUAUUAACGAAGGAAAGAUAGUUAUAGAUAAUAUAGAUGCGGCUACUAUUUCCCUUAAUCGUCUGAGAUCGACUAUUUCUAUUAUACCUCAAGAACCGGUAUUGUUUUCGGGAACACUGAGAAAGAACUUGGAUCCAUUUGACGAAUAUACUGAUGAAUCUAUAUGGAGCGCUUUAGAAGAAGUCGAACUAAAAUCAGUCGUUAGUGACCUACCUCAAGGGUUAGAAAGUAAAAUGUCCGAAGGCGGAAGCAACUUCAGUGUUGGCCAAAGACAACUAGUGUGUCUGGCUCGUGCCAUAGUCCGGAAAAACAAGAUCUUAGUUCUGGACGAGGCAACAGCCAACGUAGAUCCUCAAACCGACGCUUUGAUUCAAUCGACAAUUAGAAGAAAGUUCUCCAGUUGUACGGUGCUAACUAUUGCUCAUAGAUUGCACACUAUAAUGGACUCAGAUAAGGUGCUAGUCAUGGAUGCCGGUAGAGUCGUUGAAUUUGGACAUCCUCAUGAACUGUUACAGAAUACAGAAAAUGGAGUAUUCUACGAACUAGUGCAACAAACUGGUCGAGCUAUGGCCGAAAAUCUAAUAAGCAUUGCUGAAGAGAGUUACAAUAAUUCCAUAAGGAACGAAUCAUUAAGUAAUAAGUAAUCCAUCAAGGUUUGUAAUAGAAUAACAAGAUGAAGAAGAAAAAAAAACAUUUCUAAAGAGGGACAUUAGAAACUCGAAGAAUUUUAUUGAAGCAGAGGUGUAAUAAACACUUAAUACAUGUGUGACCAACUUAAUUAUUAAUAUAUAAAUAUGUUUUGUAUGUAUUAAUUUAUAAUUAAUAAAUAAUCCAAAAAGU